AUGGAAAUCGCUUGGAUUAAACGCGCUGCAAUCUGGACUUUCGCUGGACUGGGCCUCGCGCUGGCCGUCAUCUCCUGCUGCGAGAUGGCCGACAACUAUUUCGUUCUUACCCACCCCGACGCCUGCAUCGCUUCAUCCAACGGAACCCACUGCGCGGCAGAAUUCCGCGUGGCGCGGCGAUCCCUAGGCGUCGUGCCGCAGACGCCGGAGCAAGUCACCUCAGCCAUGAUUGCAGCUGUGAAAGCGCAAGUCGCGGCGCUAAUCGAGGCAACCAAAGAGAUUAAGUCAAGCAACGUGCGGGAAGACCAUUUCGCAAAUGGCAUGGCGAGGAGUUGCGCGCGCCAAGCCACCAUCGCACUGCGCUACCUGGGGCAGGCGGGGGAUGCGGUGGAGGCGGGCACGAAUCAGCUCGACGUGCCGUACUGGCUGGCGGCCGCCGACACGCAGAUCGACAACUGCGUCGAUGGCUUCCAGACUUUCUUGCCCGCCGCGCAAGGCUUCCCCGCCUACGUACACCUCGAGUAUUCUCUUCCUGCCCUCACGCGGCAUAGCUUCCCUCUAUUAUCUUCCCGCGUCGCCUCAUCAUUUUCCCACCCACCUGGUAACCACACAACAGGCACGACCAAGGUGUAUCUGGGCCGUCCGUGGAAGAAAUGCGCCUUCACGGUUUUCAUCAACGCCUUUCUCCCCGCGGUGAUUGAGAAGGACGGGUGGCUGUCGUGGAACGAGGGCAGCUGCAUGUUUCUGGCGGAGGCGGGCAGCAAGGGGCCGGGCGCCACGGACUGGGUGGACCCCGGGAUCAUCACGAGCGUCAGCGGAUACGACGCCAACACCUUCACGCAGGUCAACACCUGGCUCCGCUUGUCGCGCUAG